AUUUGAGAUUCGUUUCCGGUCUGAUUGUUUGUUGGCCUCAUUUCAGCCACCUUCCCUCCUUCUCUCGUGGCCCCUCGUCUUAACUCCGGAUUGUUUACUUUCAGGGACAACUCCACCUCCCGACAUCAACACAUCUUUCUGCCUCAAUUUUCUCGACGCAAUCCCUUGCACAUACUGCUGCGUAUGCAAUUCUGCUAGAUUGGGCUGGAAUUUCAGCACUUUGGGUCGGUUACACCUCUCAAGUCGACUCUGAUACAGAUCGUAAGCGCCAAUAUGGAGUUCCCUCAGCAGCACACCUUAGAGGCUCCUGUUGCUCCCGAGGCCGCCGUUGCGGACCCCGAGCACGUCGCCCCCGAGGAUCACACACCACUGGCUCAGGAGCACAUCCAGGAAGCAGUCCAGGAACAGGAGGCUUCAUCCGAGCAACCUCUGGAACAGCACGCACCCGUCAGCGUCAACAUUGAAGAGCCCGCCUCUGAUCACACUGCUCGCGCCGCUAUCAACAAUGGCUACAACAGCGACUCUAAGGCUCACUACCACUCCCGAUCCGCGGACUUCCAUCACUCCGCCCCCGAAUAUCCCGCUCAGGACACGGAUCAGUCCACUCGCCAGAAUUCAUCCCCCUCUCUCAGCCACCAACUCCCUGUGCCAAACUCCAGACCUGGUUCUGGAUUCUCCAGUGGUACCGAGCGCCCUGGUGUUUCCCAGCCGCAACAGCAAGAAGUUCAGCGACAGGGACAAGGCUCGCAGGCUUCGAAGAAUAGUGUGGUGAUUAAGGUUGGCAUGGUGGGUGAUGCCCAGAUUGGAAAGACCAGUUUGAUGGUUAAAUAUGUUGAGGGAAGCUGGGAUGAAGAUUACAUCCAGACAUUGGGUGUCAACUUUAUGGAAAAGACCAUCUCCAUUCGAAACACAGAAAUUACCUUUUCGAUUUGGGACCUUGGUGGCCAGCGUGAGUUUGUUAAUAUGCUGCCGCUGGUCUGCAAUGAUGCCGUUGCGAUUCUGUUCAUGUUCGAUCUCACUCGCAAGAGCACCUUGAACUCUAUCAAGGAAUGGUAUCGCCAAGGACGUGGAUUUAAUAAGACUGCCAUCCCAUUCCUAGUUGGCACCAAAUACGAUCACUUUGUUAAUUUCCCGCGCGAGGAUCAAGAGGAGAUCUCGAUUCAGGCCAAACGCUUUGCGAAGGCCAUGAAGGCCAGUCUCAUCUUUAGCAGCACCAGCCACAGUAUCAACGUACAAAAGAUCUUCAAAAUCGUUCUGGCCAAAGCAUUCGAUCUGAAAUGCACCAUCCCAGAGAUCGAGAACGUUGGCGAGCCUUUACUUCUGUACAAGAACGUGUAAGCACUGUCCGCCUAACGAUUAUGUACAUUGUGACGCUGUUGAUGAUCGACGCUGGCCCUCUAACCUCACGGCUCUACCACUUUGUGAAUCCUUUUUCUCUUCUCCAAUGAUGUACUUGACCUUUUUUUAUGUGCUCAUCACUGCCUCGAUUUGUGCGCAGAUCCAUACUAUCAGUCAACAACCUCGAGGUUCACUUGAUGACGGUUGCUUCUACCCCUGUUUUCCUUGUCUUUUUCUUAGGUGCAUCUUUUACCAUGCAUCGCUACAAGUACCUAGUUUUCUUUUGUUCUAUGAUCCCAUCUGGGAGGCUUCACCGCCUUGAGGCGUUUGGGAGUCGAGUGAUGGGCGAUGUUCUGGAAAUACAACUCAAACUUCAUUGUGAAUUC